AAAUUUGGACGAGGUACGGCGCGAUAGAAUAAUAAUUUACGAUUUAUUCAUGCAUGAAUCAUCCUGAAAUUACCGUUCCCAUAGAGUCCGAGGCUUAAAGCGUUGUUUUGGUUAUUUCUUCGUUGAUGCAUUUCUCCUUUGCCUGAGUUUGUAUUAAGAUAUUCCAGCUAAGCGGAAGACAUCUUGGAGCUGAGUUCGUUCUGCAGCACGCAGACUAUAAGUUCUCGAAGCAUUUGCCUGGAGUUAUAGUUGGAAUGGCGACAGUGAGUAAAAAGCUUUAAAACGUGUCAAUUGUAGACUAAAUUAUCAAAUCAUUUCUGAAGCACUAAAGCAGUACUUGACAAUUGUGUAGGAGGUUGAUCACGAACAGCCAUCCAGUUUGGUGUAUGUACAAGCAAGUGAACUCUUCCCAAAGAAGACGCUCGUUUCAGGUUUGUCCAAGAUUUCAUGCUGUGCCAUUAUAUUCAAUGAUGCCAACUGCGUUUAUCGUAGCUUCAAGUUGACGGUUUUACGAGUUGGGACAACAACAGUAAGCUUAUAUUUACAUCCCACACUUGAGAAAUUUGCAUUUCAAGAAAGCUAAUGAUAUAAGACGAAAAAGAAAGAAAAAUGAAGCUACAGAGGGUAAGACAUUAUCAUUAAGGGAUGCCUAGGAACUAAAUGAACAGGUGGGUUUGUGUUAGGUCCUACGUAGAGCUUGCGUUUAAAUCGAAUACCAACUUUUUUAUUUAAUGCUCUUCAAAUCGCACUUGGCAUUUCCGUCUAGACUUCCCAAUCAACGGGAUAAAAUUGCGAACUUUCAUUUGUAGACCUUUUCUUGGAUGUUUAGUAAAGGUAUCAAUUGGAUCUUUGUGCAACGUUCUACUCACCCAGAAGGUUAAAACAGCUGGAAAUCGUCAAAAACUUUUUAUGAAUUUCACGUCGAUACAUAAUCCGGUAGCUCAAAUGAUCCUCAUCUAUUAUGAUUGUUGACAGUAGUUUACAAAUUUAUGAGAAAUCUUGCGAUGUAUAUUUAAUCAGCUUUUUCUGUGUCGCAUUUCUAUCGAAGGUUUUGAAGCAAAAUAAAUUUUGAUGUAUAUAUAAUUAUAUUCUUUUUUAUCAGCUGCUUGAUUUUUAUUUUGUUGUAUUUUACUCAGCCUCAUGGAUUUUAACCAGUUUAUGUUUUGAUCAAGUUAAUGCCAGACGUAAAAAUAUCAUCAAUUGGUUUUAUGCAUUCUGAAGGGCAAGGGCAUGAUAACAGAGAAAUUUAGAGUCACGUUUAGGGAAAUGGUACCAUGUGUCCCCUUACUUGUCUUUUACUGUUCAUUAUUAUUCAUUCCAAAUAUUUCCCCAAUUCUGAUUGGCUAAAAAGCACACGCAUAAUUCACCAUAACCAAUUUCUGAUGACCAAAUUUGGAAGACUUUUGUGUUUAACGAGGAAAUGACGGCAAAAAUGCAGCGUUCGUGCAGGUUAAGGCACAGUUAACCGAGAAGACCUGGGAACGAGGUUGAGUUGUUUUGGUUGUGAAAACAAACCUAAACAUGCACUAUCGAAGAUGAACUUAACAUCGAUGGAUCGAUGGAGGUAAGCAUGUUAAAUGAGGAAUUAUUUUGAAUGAAUAAUAAAACAAUGAUUGAAUUCGGCUUUUGUAUCAUAUGAAGAAUUAUGGAGAUCUCGGAGGGAAGAUACUCAGCCUCUUUCAUUAAUUGUUAAUUAAUUCUCCAAAAAAGUUAGUAAAAUAAUGCUUGUUAGUUUUGUCCGUAGGAAUAGUUUUGCUUUUAUCUGCUUAUUUUCAAUUGUGCUAAACUCUCAACUUGAAUGUGACAUUUGCCAUAAACGUAACUCUAAAUCUUUCCAAUGUGUCUUGCAUGUUAACCACUAGCUUUCACUUGAAUUGUCCAGUGAGUCCUGAAUGUUUAUCUUUGUAUGAUCCUUUUUUUAGAUGACAAUACUACUCAGGUGCCAUUUCCAGAGCUGAAUGGAGAAAGUGUUCAAUACCUGGAGAGAACAUCUGAUGCUGUCCUUGCCCUUUCUAAUUUCCGUCUUUUUAUUCGCUUCAAAGACUCGUUUGUCAAUGUGAGUUGGAAUUUUGCCGAAAUCAAAAAAGCUGUCAGUUACCCUGACUCUGAAAUUUAGUGAUUUAGAGAUUUGAAAAUGGAGUAAAUCAAGUUCCAGUUCUGUUUGCACUGGUAUAACAACCCAAACUAACUGGAACCUUAAUUGGUUCAGUUUCCUUAUUCUUAAUACUGAACUUAAGCAUCAUUCAGCAUUAAGCACAGGGUGGGCAUUUUGCAACAAACAUUUGCCAUUCUUAAUGUUUUACUGCAGUUCAUAUUUUUUUGUUUUAAAAUAUUUAAACCAGUUUAGUUUUUUCCUUUUCAUUUACCUACAAAUCUUAGAUUAUGUUCAUGAAGGUGGCCAAGUUAAAGACAAAAAAAAAACUACUUUGAUUGUUUUCAAUUAGAAUGUAAUCGUCACCAAAACCCUUUGAUUAAUGCCUUAGAAAAAUUUCGUUCGCCAUUUCGAGAAAAGCUGAGAAAGGUGGUGAAAGAGCGUGACAACACAUACAGCUCAACACAUUCUUCUGGAUGACUCAGAUAAGGGGUUGAUAUUGAAUAUUACUACAAAUUGAUACAUAACAACAGGGGUUUCAUUAAGGUUUUGAACAGGAGGCGGAACUGGCUUUGACACCCGGAGAAAGAAUAGGCCUUUUGCAUUAGUUGAUCAUGUGAUUAACUUUCUGUAAACACAGAAAUGGUUCGCUUUUGAAAAAUUUUGUUAGCACAAGCUGAAAGAGCAAAUUAAAAUUAGGUAAAUUAUAAAUUUUCAGUCUUCUAUCUCAAGAGUAGCGAUUGCAACAGCUGCCGAAAUUUAGAAGGAUUUGUAUGGGAAAAACAACUCUUGCCACUUAGUAAGGCUUUAAUGGUUUUUCAUACAAAUCCUUGUAAAUUUUGAAAUUUUCAAACUGUUGUUAAAUCUUUCCGUAAGCAUCAUUACUUGGCUCAAAUCUCUUUUUUAUUCAUGACAGGCAAUUUGAGCCCUUAAAUGCAUACGGGAAAGAUUUAAUGAGAGUUUAAAAAUUUCCAAAUUUACAAACAAAUGUAUGGAAAACCACUCAAGCGUAACGCGGUGACAAGAGUUGUUUUCGGCAGCCUUUACAAUCACUUCUUUUGAGAUAUAUGGUGGAAAAUUUACAGAUUACCUAGUUUUAAUAUGCUCUUUCAGGUCGUGCUAACAAAAUUUUCCAAAAGCAAACUAUUUUUGUGUUUACAGAAAGUUGAUCACGUGACUAACUAUUGCAAAAGGCCCAUUGGCAAGGCCUGGGGGGCCUUGCCCCCCUAGGGGUGGUCAGGGAGCAGGCUUCCCCAGAAAAGUUUUAAAUUCUAUAGUUGCAGAAAUGUGGUUUCCUGUAUUCUGAAACUGCAGACAAAAAAGAUAACUAUUCUAGUCAAUUUAAUAGUGAUUUGAUACCAAUAUCCACCACACAAAUAAUUUGGUUCAGACAGGUGCUUGCAACACUGAGACAUUUCAGAUGGUCUUUUAUGGAGCACAGUUCUUUUUGCAUUUUUUCAAUGCAUUAUGGGGGACGCAAAGUUGCAUUCACAGCCAGUUAAUUUGCCUGGUGCCUGGCCCUUAAUGAAACCCCUGAACAAAAAAUUACUAUGUUUUCACAACAUUAAGUGCAAAGUCAAUGUAUUUUUGGAGUUUAAUGUCAAGAGGGCAGCAAGUAGUAUUUCAAACAUAUCCUUGAAUUAUUAGCCUCCUCAGUGAUCACAGCAGUAUAAACUUUUAUCUAUUAUAAUAGGGUUUUCCUGCAUUUCUGUGAACAAAGGCACUAACUAGAGUCUUAUGUUCACAAAAUAGUGUGAUUUGUUUGAGGUUGUCCACUGAAAUCUCAACCUUGUUUCAUCGUGUGUGUUCACUGGAGCGGAAUGUGGGAAAGGUCUAUUACCCUUGAUUGGGGACAGCAGUGAAAGUGACAGUUUGCGACAUCACAAAUCUAUUGCUUUCUAAAUAGAAAAGGUCAAUUUUGGACUGAAUGUAUUUUUGAUAAUGAUAGAAUAGGUAGAGCGGCAGAAAAACUCCAUUAACAUUUUUUAUCUUGACAUUUUUUGCGCAAGUUAUUAUGUAGGAAAAUGCCUAAAUAGAAUAUAAAAACUUCAACAUAUGAUAUGCUGUUUCUUUAGAUACCUUUGCGUUUGAUAGAGUGCGUGGAAAUGAAAGAUCUUGUUCUGAUGGACAUUAACUGUAAAGAUGCCAGGUCAUUUAGGUUAGUAACUGGAAAACUCUUUCUCUGCAUUAAGGUCAUAAUAAUAGUAAGAUUUUUGCAGAGGAUAAAACCUUUUUGCAUAGGGGGUUCUUUGCAAUAGGCAUGAAGAAAAGUAUGUAUUCAUGAUAUCUUGUCUCAGUUGUAAUAAUUAUUUAUAGUUUACAUGUAAUUUUUUAUUACUACUUUGUUGUUGUUCACACUUGGUGCUUCUUUCGUGUCUUUCAGGAUUGUAUUUGAUAACAAUGAGCAGUGCCUGAAUUGUUCACACCAUCUAACCCAGUGCAUCUCUCCUUUGUCCCGUAUUGAAGAUCUUUUUGCCUUUGCAUUUUAUGCGUGGUGCACAGACGGCAAGCAGUCAAACUCAGCAGAGGAGGAAGAGUUUACUAGCUUCUGUCAGAGAGGUAGAUUUAUUCUAAUAAUUGAUGUUUUAAUAGGUGCACAAACUCUAUGCUAUGCUAAGUACAUUGGUAAAGUGUGAUGGCUGUAGAGGGAAUAUUGUCGAAAGGGGAUCAGUUUAAUGAGUGGGAGCCAAAGGCAUUAUCUUUUAUAGACAUAAUUAUUAGAAGGCUGUUAACAUUCUAAUUCAAAGCCAACUGUUUAAACAUAAACAGUACAUGGCACAUACCGGGCUCUGACUUUGUCUAAAAACAGUUAAAUUUUUUUUCAGAUGCAGAACAGUAUUCUUUCAUGUCUGAAGUUAGGCGAAUGGGUUUCGAUAAUCUUCGUGAUGCCUGGCGUAUCACUGACCUCAACAGUAACUUUGAGUAUGUACCUUUGCAUUAUAACUGUGUAACAAUAUUCGUUAUGAAGGCAAGACUGAUUUAAUGUGAUAUAAAACGUUUGUGAAUUAGAUUGUGCUGUACAUAUCCUAAACUUCACAUCGUACCAGCCAAGAUUACAGACAAGGAAAUGGAGGCUGUUGGUAAAUUCAGGACUUCGGGACGAUUUCCAUCUGUAGUGUGGAGGUAAAGUUUGAAUUCAACUGAUCUCUUCUGUAUAUCAGGGUUUGUACAGUUAUGGAAAACCUGAAAAGUCAUCAAUUUAUUUUAAGAAUAUCAUUUUUCAGUCCUGGAAAGGGAUGGAAAAUUUGAGCUAUGUUUGGUAGAUAAGUUACUGUAGGGUUCAAAGUAAGGGCAAUGUCAGAUAGAGACGAGUUAUUAAUCAGUGUGAGUGACUAUUAAUGACUGUAAAUAGUGAACUUACCAGUUGUGAUUUUGGUGCAGGCACUUGACCAAUGGAGCAGUAAUUGCUCGCUGCAGCCAGCCUGAAGUGGGAUGGUUUGGCUGGCGAAGUCCAGAAGAUGAAGCUCUCCUUCAUGCGAUAGGAGCAGCAUGUGCUAUGGACUCUGCAGCAUCAUCCCUUAAAAAACAACUUCUGAAGGAGCUAGGCAAGACAAACCUUCUGAGCAAUGGCAUCAUAGAUGGCAUUUGUAAUGGAGAUAUGAUUGGCAAUGGCGAUGAUGAUUCUGUUACGGACAAUAAGGUUACAUGUGAGAGUGGAGUUGGCAGAACAACCCAAGGUUCUGAUUGUGGAUGCCAGGGCGUACUCUGCUGCUGUGGUCAAUAGGGCAAAAGGUGGUGGCUGUGAAUGUGAGGGUGAGUUGACUUCCUUGGUUUAUAUUUUUUACUUACUUUACUGACUGACUUAUUUUAUGACCUUUUACUGACUCUCUUAUUGAUUAAAAAGUUAUGGUUAUUUCAUUUGAAAGUUAAAGUGAAGAUUAUCACACGUACUUGAUUUUGACUGCAAGUGCUUAUAUAAAUACCUUCCAUUUUCGUAUCAAUCUCAUCAUCGAUAGAUGAUCUUGGGAGCUGGUGCCUAAAGGUUGGUGUAACCUGACUUGUGUAUUAGGCACAGGAAGGAGGUAUCCAUGGCAACUCUGCUAGUAGCUGCUACCAAGGCCACUGUCUCACUGAACCAUUUUCAAGAACACUUACCAAUGAAACCUUAUACCUUCUUGAGGGAGUGGGGAAAUGGAAAGCAGGCUUGAAAAUUAGCAGGCAAAAUGACCUUGUACAAACAGGCCACCAAGUGAAUGCUGCCCCUGAACGGUGUUGAGGGGCAGUUGCUGACCAGCAUUGUUUCAAUUUAAACCUUACCUAAAUUUUAUUAUGCCAUAUUUUAUGUAAAUAGUAAUUUAUAUGUUAAGAUUUUACUUUUACUUUAUUCUGUUGCUAUGGUAACAUAUAAACUCCAAAAUAUGUUCACCAACAAAUGGCCAUUUUAUUAAUGCAAGUAUUGAUGCAUUAACUGACAAGCAGUUGCAGUAUCAAUCUUUUAAAGUAGAAGUACGCAAACAUUUUGGUAACUGCUGUGAGUCACCUAGUGAACUCGUUGUCCUGACUAUUAAAUGUUGUGGCUGGAUGGUUGAAGUGGCUGUCUGUUUGAGAACACCGUACACAGGGUUCUCAAUAGAUUUUUAAGUAGGAGGUGAUCACUGAUAAAGUAGGAGGCUCUUCAGCAAAGCCAGAGGUGUCCAAACAAAGCAAAGAAAAGCGACCUAAACACAAAGUAAGCGGCUAUAAAUCCCAAAGUAAGCAGCGAUCAAUCGCCGGGUGCCACCUUCUAUUGAGAACCCUGCCGUACAGUACAUGUGUUAAGUAAAAUUAAUAUUCCUCAUUUUUUAGCACUCUUUCCAGCAUUUUGGAUCAACAUUCUUUUUUGUGACUAUUUUUAAUGGUUAGCUGAUACUAGGUUCUUCUUUUGUUUAUCAGAGUAUUAUCCAGGCUGUGAGGUACUGUUCAUGAACUUAGCAAAUAUUCAUACAAUAAGGAAAAGUUUCCAGAGUCUGAGAACAUUGUGCCUUGGCCCAAGAGAUUCUCCCAAGUAAGUGAUUUCUAUGACACUUGAUGCCAUAAGGACCAAAACUAAAUGCAAUUGGGUGAUAGUGCAGCUUUUUAUGGGAUGUAUUCCCUGACUAUGAAACCUGUAUUAUGUAGAAUAACAUGUUAAUUAUGGGCCAGUUUCUUAAACAUCCAGACAACUAUUUAUGCUCAAAACUUUGUCACGUUUGUGUUGUGUUAAAAAUUCUUCACUGGUUGAAUUUGUAUUUUCUAAGUUUCUCAAGUUUCCAUCUGUAUCCAAGUAGGCCCCUUUAUACAAAAUGCAUUGAUUAUUUUAAGGUUUUGCUUCCUAACAACAGUCGAACCUGUACUAAGCGGUCACCCUUGGGGAAUGGCUAAGUGACUGUAGGACUUCGCAAAUGUUGACUGUGACCACUUAAUAGAGGUUAAAAAUGCAAUACAUCAAGGGAAGUAAUUUUCGGGACUUUGAAAACUGACCUCUUGAUAGAAGGUGACCGCUUAAUAGGGUGCUGCUUAAUACAGAUUUGUCUGUAUCACAUGCUUUCCUUUGUAUUCAUGCUAGUUGGUGGUCAAGCUUGGAAAAGACAAACUGGCUUCAUCAUAUUUCUUUGUUGAUGAAAGCAACCAACGUUGUGGUAAAUGCCAUCGACAAGGAACAGAGGCCUGUUGUAGUGCAUUGCAGUGAUGGCUGGGACAGAACAACCCAGCUAGUUGCUCUGGCAGAGUUGAUGCUUGACCCUUACUACAGAACAAUUGAGGUGAGAAAGCUUAAACCUUUUCUUCCGGGAAUUUGUAACCUAUCAUUUGGUUGGUAAUAAUCCGUAGCUCAAAUUACUUCAGGAAAGUUGUUAUCACAGUGUAAGAUGAAAAUGAAAAAAACAGCUUGUCCUUCGCUGCUACUUUAGUUCACUAGCUGGGAGCUCUGAGGAGUGGAAACGGCAGAUGGCAGAAAUUGCCGUUCACGGAAAAAAAACAAUUUUCUCAGAAUAAUUAAUAAAAUUAAUACGGUCAUAAAUAACAAGAUAGAUCCUAACUGUUUUUUUUAACAUGAUACAAUGAAAACAUACAGUGAUUUUAAAGCCCUAUAACAGUAGAAGAGUGAGAGCAAAUUUACAGCCACUAGCGUUUAAUAGUUACUAAAAUGCAUAAUUCAAUUCAAUUUCUUUAGUUUGCCUUUGAUAUUUUCUCAGGUGUUUAAAAUGUUAUUAACAUUUUAGCUUACAUGUAAAAUCAUGCCAUGGUUGAUUGACCACAUCAUGUGGUGUUUUUGUAAAUCUCAGCAGAGAAUUGUCCUUGUUUACAUACAACAUUUGUUCAAUUUAUUCAGCCAUAAAAUUAACAACUAAGUUAUACAAAAAUUAACACAGUACUUUCAUUUACUCCUUUGUAAAAGUUCAACUGAAUAUUUUCAUUAGAUAUGUAAUACAAGGCUGUGCUCUAAGAAAAAAAUGAAGGGAGCCUAGUGCCCUGAACCUGUGAAAUCCAGGGUGCCCAGCAUAGAAUUUCUGUGAAAAGCUGAGAUUUCCUAGUCACCCAAGAGCAAAAGCAAGGUGCCAGGGGCUGAGAUUUACAAUGUGUUGCCUAUGAAUGCUAUUCUAAAUGCCAGCCCACUCAGGUCAGAUAUACAGUCACUACUGUACAGGUGGUGUAAGGAACAAACAAUGCUUCGUACUGUUGUUGUCCUGUUGCUCAACAGUUUCUCUUUUCAGCUAUCAAGUACACAAGGAAAAAGCUGAUGUAAUUGAAUUUUAUAAUAAUUUAUGAACUUUCACAAUAUUAUUUUAAGUAUUCCCAAACUGUUGUAAUGUUUUCCUUGUCAGGGAUUCCAAGUAUUGGUUACUCGUGAAUGGUUGGAGUUUGGUCAUCGUUUUGCAGACAGGUGUGGUCAUGGGCACAAUCAAGAUGAGAACCAGAGGUGUCCAGUGUUCCUUCAAUGGUUGGACUGUGUUCAUCAACUCACCAGGCAGUUUCCCUGCUCAUUUGAGUUCAAUGAAUCAUUUUUGGUAAGAUUUUGAGUUUGUGUAUUGUUUCAAGAAAAGGUCACUUGACGUGCACUGGACAUUUUGUUUUCAGUUCUUCAAGUGUGAGUGUGUGUUUUCUGCCCUUAGGCAGGUCCUUCCUUCUAGUAUUUAAGGGUCACCAUCCUUCACUCUAUCAAGCAUUCCCAUUCUAGGUCUUCCAAGUGGCCUCAUUCCUAUUUUUCUCUUCUCGUUUAUAACUGAUGGGAUUAGAUCUCCAUUCUGUGGGGUAUGACCAAGCCAGACUCUCUGUCUUCUGUUGAUAACAGAUAUGAAGGCCCUCUCCUCACCAAAACACCUCAAUACUUCUUCAUUCCAACUUUUUGAGAUCAAGAUAUGUUUAAGACCUUCCUCCAAAGCCACAUCUCACAACUCUCCAGCCUUCAAACAUCCUCGCAAUGAAAAUAGCUAUUAUACACCUUAGGAAAUUUUUGUGUGACAUAUUAUUGAGGUGCCACAAGAUUUUAAGCAUUUUCAAAACCAUGCAAUACCCUUUGAAGACAAAUACAGGUGUAUAGAGAAAUCACAGCACUUGUACUAGUAAUAUAAUUCUGCAAAGUAGAUCCAAAGACUUUCCUAAACUCACCCUUCAGUGAGGUAGUCCUCCUGGGAACUGGAAAAGUGUCACCCAUCUUCAGGCCUUCCCUAUUACUGGUUUCUAAAUCUUGACAUGACUGCAUAAAAGGUCUUUGGGUCUCCUUCCUUGAGUGCAACUUACGAAAUGUCUUUGACUUAGAUGCCUCAGAGUCUUGCCCAUUUUCACUUCUGUUUGAGUCCUCUUGAAAGUUAACUUCUCUUUUUAUUGAACAGGUAAAAUUGGCACAGCAUGCUUAUUCCUGUCUCUUUGGUACAUUCCUCUGCAACAGUGAAAGUGAGCGUCUGAAGGCAAAUAUCUUUAAACGUACCUUCUCGCUUUGGUCAUUAUUGAAGCUGAAAAAUAAAGAGUUCAAGAAUUUUCUGUACUCUUCUUCUUCUGAGCAGGUAACAUUUUGACUCAGUUUAUGUAGAUACAGUUGUAAUCUCAUCCUAGUAUUGUCUCUGACUUUACAAAAGUUCCUAAAUUACUUGAUCAGUUUGGUAGGAAAUAAUGGUUUAAAUUCCCACUAGACAUCUAGAUUAUUAACUGGUGGAUGUCCGAAGGGCAUUUUCAAGUUAUCUCUUUGGGGUUGAGAUAUGCAAAGGAGUCACUCACUGACUCGAGGUAGAUGAUCAUUGGCGGGUUCCAAAGUUACCUGAAAUGAAAAACACCAUUUUGUUGUUGUUACCAAAGUGUACUUUGGGCAACUUCAGGCGUGCAUUCACUCACGCUAUCAUGUCGUGAUCAAGAGAACCCUGGAAAUGAGGUUGGAAUAUGAACUCAUGAAUUGAUAGAUUUUCUUCUUUAAGUCAUUUCAACUUAAAAUAAAUAUUUUAUUUUAUCACAUUCAUGACUUCUCUGUUUUCUAGACAAUGCAUCCACAAGGUCCCAAUAGUUUUUACUUUGAUUUUGAACCUCUUGCUGCACUGAUAACACAACCAGAUUCUAAUAAUAUUACAUUUUUAUGUUGAUAUUGAGGUAUAUAUCUUCGGUUUAAGGUUUUACAAGCCUCCUGUCAACCUCGUUGUCUCCAGCUGUGGUCAGCCGUAUAUCUUGCCUACCCUACUCCUUAUUCUGAGACAGUGUUGGAGAAUGGAGACACUAGUGAUUAUGGUGACUCAGUAAGCAGUGCUUGUGUCACUCCUGUCUCUCCUGUUUUCCCAAGUGUUAACAGCAGCAUUGAGCAAGAGGAAGAAGCUCUGCAGACGUGCCAUGUUACAGCAUCUAAAUCUGAUGGAAAUCUGAUGUGUAAAGACUGUUUAAAACAUCAACAAGCACUUGAUGACAAUAGGAAACAAUUAUUUGAUAGUUUAGAUAGGAAUUUGAAAUCAAAGAGUUGCCCUGAAUGUAGGACUGAUAUUUCUGAUAAUGACAUACCCCAAAGCACACCCAUAGCAAAGGACGCUGUUGCUCUUGAGUCAAAGAGUGUGUAUGUUAGUGCUCAAUCAGACUCCUGUUUGAGAAGUGUUGGUGAUGUAGAAAGCAGUAUGUCUAGUAGCACACAAACUGUUAUUCUAGAUUCAACUGAAGGCGAUUCUGCCAUUGAAAAUGGACUGGAAUCUUCUGAAAAGACCUCCUCUGAAAGUUUAACAGAAGAGACUCAACAAAUGACUUCUGUGGUGGAAGAACAAUCUUCACUGCAAGAGGAAGGUUUGCAAGAAAGUAGUGAUGUAGGGCAAUGCAUGGUUGAAACAGUGCAUGGCUCUUCAUUUAGUAAAGGCAUACCUUCGGAUGAAGAGGGAACAGAAUGUUCAGAAAACUCUCAAGGGACACCAGCUAAAUCUUCAAGCAACCUAACUCUUACAGGCAGUACCCAUGAAGCAACGCCAAGUACAUCAACAUUGAGACCAAGCUCAUCAGAACUCUUCACUAGGUACCUAGACAUAGAUGGAUUGACGUAUGUUUCUGAUCCUGUCCAAGAGAGACUGCGGCAGAUUGAAAUGGCACACCAAGCUAAAGUGGAGGCACUGCAAAGACAGCUGUUGGAUACACAAAGGAGAAGGAUGACGUCCACAGAGGGAGGGACAGCUGGAAGAACAAGUGAUCUUGCCGAUGAAGUGGUAUGUAGCAUGCGAUAGAAAAGGAAGAAGGGUGGAAAAUGCAUUUGAAUACAAAGUCAGUAAAUACUACUUGUUAACUGAGAGUCAUUACAGGGAAAUCUCAAACCAAAGCCUUAAUGUAUUUACUGAGCGAUAGCAACUGAGAUUUCCUUGUAAUGACUGAACAGACGAGGUUAUAAAGUUACUAAUUUAUUUAGCCUUUUCAGUAUAGACCUGAGCCUGUGAUCAAUAUUUAUUAAAAUCAACAACUGGUCAGCGGAUAACUUUAAAAAACGUAUCACCUCAAUGAGUUCCCCAUAGCAAGAAACAGUGAUAAGCCUAACUAGUUAGAGGCAAACCAAUCAGCUACUGACACCCAUGAUGACAGGGCCAUCAAAAACAAUCUUGGCUGAUGGCUAAACUACUUGGCGAUGCUGUCUUGUGAAACCACUGGGCGAAAAACUGGAUUUGCACAAAUAUGCUCUUUGCAAAUAUGUCGCAAAAAAUGUAAAAACUGAGGGGUAAAUAAGGGGCAAUGAUGGCAAAUGCCAUGUUUGCAUAUCAAAAAACGGGGUGUAAAUAACUAGGCACCAUCUUUGCCCAGAUUUACUCCUCAGUUUUCACAAUGUUGUGACACAUUUGUGUAAAUCCAUUUUUUCCAUCCAGUGAACAAGCAAGAAAUAAUAUUAUGUUAUUUCGUUGUUUUUCACCACCAGUGUUCAUUACCAGAAUCAAGUGUAAGUGGAGAACAGCCGCCUCUGUCACUUGGCAGUGGUGAUGAAGGGAGCUGGAUUCAACUGGAAGAGAGUGAGGCACAGCCUACUCUGUGGGUCCCAGAUCAUGCUGCAACUAACUGUGCAAAAUGUGAUACACAGUUCUGGAUUGCUAAUAGAAAACAUCAUUGCAGGUAGUUAUUGUCCCAAUAUUAAUUGAAGUAUUUUGUUAUUCACCCGAAAAUUACAAUAAUAAUAGUCUCCAAUCGUUGUGAGUCAUCAUUACUUAUGACAAGCUCAAAAGGGAUCUGAGACUAAUAAAAUAGCAAUUAUUGGAUGAUGCUGAGUAUGAUUGCAAAGGAGUUAUCGGCCGGGGCAGAUAACACUCUCUGAGGUCUGCAUAAUUUUUCAUAUCAUACACGUCAACUACAGCAACAGUACUGCUAUCAGUCUGCAUGAUUAUGCUCUGGGCCCAGUUGUUCGAAGGGCGCUUAGCGAUAACCCGAGGUUAAAUUUUAAUCUGUUCAAAAGUCUAAUCAUCAAAUUAUAGACAAGAAGGAUUACACCGAAUUUGCUUUUUAUUCUUUCACCUCUGAAAUCACAUUUCGCACCAUCCCUGGGUCAUCUUAACCCAGCUUUGUACAACCUGGCCCUGAACGUUAUAAUUAUAGUCAUAAUAUAGUCAUAGUAACUCACUAAUUCAGAAGGCCUUAUACGCUGCGUAACUAUUUAUAUUAGUGACUUUUGUUAAAUCUCUGAUUACCUUUUUCCAAUGAUCCCUUCUUGUGUUCAUCGGAAACCUGUACCUUUUUACUUUAGCGAGUUUAAAAAGCCGUCACUAAUAGGUGCCACCCUUUUUGAUGGCUACUUGAACAGGAGCUAACUUGUAUUUUUUUUUCCCCACAAAUUUUGUCCAGGAAUUGUGGGCUGGUUUUCUGUGGAACCUGUUCCGAAAAGAGAUUACCGUUGCCUGAAGAACAGCUGUAUGAUCCAGUUAGAGUUUGCUUAGCGUGCUUUGAAAAACUAGUCACUCUUCAAGAACGUGAGAAUGAGAAAACGGUGAAUGAAGGCACAAUUAAGUAGCAGACUUGUGACCAAUUCAAAGGCGCACAUCUCCUCGCAGACCACCUUAAUCACUUGAAUUGCUAGGAAUUUAUACCAAGUGGUUUGAAAGUAUUUUUAUAUUCUAUGCUUCUUCAAAAUUGUAAGGCAAAAACAAUGUUUUCAUCCUGACAAGUCAUAUAUUAUUAUCAAAGUUGCAGUGGUAUUUUUCCAACAUAUUUUUGUGUCACUUGUAUUUUUUCAACCUUUUUAUCAUUUUUGUUCUGGCAUAUAAACGUGACUUUCUUGCAUUUUUAAUUCCUUCCAGCUGCCUUUCAAAUGAUUAAGGUGGUCUCUGUUUUCAUUUGUAGUAGCAUUAGGCUAUUAGGGCUCCUAGAAUGAGGUUAAAAUGUUUAGUGUAUAAUUAGUUACGGUUAAACAAAUUUCUACAUUGGUCAAGUAUUCCCUCGAAAUUAUGUAAAUAUGCAAAACAUUUUGUUGAAAACUAAACCUAAAAAUAAUGUUGUUUCUUCUAAGUAUUUUUGUUUGUAUUUUAUUUUGACUUAUUGAUUUGAAUCAUCAAUUAAUUAUUAGGUUACCAAACGAAACAACAACAACAAAAAACAUUAUCUUGACAACGUUUUGGUAUUGUGAUAAAAAAUAUAAAUCGCAUUUUCAUCUUUAGGUUGUUAUAAUUUUGCAUGCACAAAAAAUACGUUUCUUUCCAUUACGCAGAGAGUUAAACUAUUAGCGGUGGUAAGUUCGUUUCAACUUCAUUUUGUUCAACCUUUGUUUCCAAAACUCAUAGUAUGUUCUAGCUGAAGAGUUUGUCUAUGAGCCAAACCCUGAAGAGUAAAUGUGUAGAGAAGGCCCUAGUAGCUGGAUAGUUCUUUACACCGAAUAAAUCAUUAUCCAGUAGAUGUAGAUAUUAUAGAAAACAACUGCGUCAUCCUCUGGACAGAGAUUUAUUCAGUGGAUAGUGCCAUGCACCUUAUGAGCAAGUUGGACCAGUACUUUAAUUUAAUACUGUUGACUAAGAUGUACUUCUCAGUCUGGGGAUUAAAUCCGUAAGUGUAAUCAUUGAAAUGAAAGCAACUGAUCAGCACUUUCCUCUGGUACUGUUUAUUGCGCUGUACCAAAGGUUAAAAAAAAACAUUAACUUAGAGGUGUUUAACUCCAUAAUUCUUUUAUGCGACAGGAGUUAAGGAUGGUUCGUUGAAUAUAAAAUUAUGUCAAUUUUGGGAGGAAACAUACUAGAGAACAGUUACCCAAUCAAAACUGGUUUGUCAGGCACUCGCUGGUAACUCCUAUAGACACUUGUGCGUGUUUACGCAGUACGCUUUUUGCUGCCUAGCACUUCCUCCUGUCGAGUAACUCAUUGUGAUCUCCAGCUGAUCUCACGUGAUGAUAUUAUUUGUACUUCUCAGAGCGACCUUUUAAAAUUGGUUUUGACUAGCUUAGCUCAUGUCUACUUUAUCAUGUUUUCCCCAAUUAGAAUCAGAUUCAUUUCCAUUGCAGAUUUGUCGCUGCCAGAUGACGCCGGGAAAUUUUCCCAGUUUUGAUUGGUUUUUGGAUUAAUGAUAAGAGAACCUGGAAUUCUCGCAUGAUAAUGAAUGGAAAAGCCACGUUCACUUUACUUUUCCAAUCGUACAUUGUAGAAUUAAUCAAUGUGAAUGUUCCCAUC